UUUUAUUUUUUUCAUAAUUCACUCUCUCUCUCUCUCUCUCUCUCUCACCGCGGUGGUUCGGAGGACGAGGAGGCGGCGGCGGCCGGAGCUACAUAUGAUCAUAAUCGGAGAAAUGGUCCGGCGUGCACGAGAGAUAAUAUCGAUGAUUUUCUUUGCGGUGUUAUCGAGCGCCACCGGAGUAACGCCGCCGUACUGGAGUCGAGGUGGGGGAGCAAGCUGCAGUCCGUGCCUGAGCUGGAGGCUGGCAGCGGAGACUAACAAUGUGGAGCCAUGGAGGACGGUGCCGGCGCAUUGCUUCAGCUGUAUCGGAGCGUACAUAACGGGAGGGCAGUACCAGCACGAUGUCCGAUUCGUGGUGGAGCAAAUUAUGAGCUACGCAGAGGGAAUUACGGUGGCCGGCGACGGACUAGAUGCUUGGGUUCUUGAUGUGGAUGAUACUUGCAUCUCUAACGUUGAUUAUUAUAAAGUUAAGAGAUAUGGGUGCGAUCCGUACGAUCCACCAGCAUUUAGGUCAUGGGCGAUGGAAGGAGCAUGUCCGGCGAUCCAACCUGUGGCAGAGCUCUUCACAAAGCUCAUGAAAAGCGGCUUCAAAGUCUUCCUUGUCACCGGUCGUGAUGAAGAGACUCUUGGCCAAGUCACCGUCGAGAAUCUCCAUCGCGAGGGCUUCAUUGGCUACGAACGCAUAAUCUUAAGGACCGCGGCGGAAAAAGGGCGAAGUGCGGUGGAGUUCAAGACAGAGAUUCGGCGGCGACUGGUGGAGCAAGGAUAUAGAAUUUGGGGCAACGUUGGAGAUCAAUGGAGCGAUCUUCAAGGGCAAUUUGUGGGAAAGCGCACUUUUAAAUUACCUAAUCCUAUGUAUUUCGUUCCUUAAAUGUUACUUAAAUUAUAAUUGAAAAUAACGAUAAAUCAAUAAAUGUCGAAGAAAAGUAUUGAUGUUUAUUGAUGUAAUUAUUUGUGGUUGUAGAUUUAUAGAGAUGUCGAUAAAAGAUCGAUAUAUAAUAAUGUAUAAACCAAAGCACUUAUAUGAACAUUGUUUUAAUUGAUAUAUACUCUUACAA